GCUGGUUACUGUUUUGUAGAAUUUGCAGAUUUGGCCACAGCCGAGAAGUGUUUGCAUAAAAUUAAUGGGAAACCCCUUCCAGGAGCCACACCUUUACUUAGCUUCCAGCUGCACCAAGCUGGCACACGGGGGCUCAUAGAACCAUGGAGCUGGCAGUGCCCUUAGCGGUCAUCCGUGCAACCCCCUCAUUUUAUACAGGAGAAAAAGCUGAGGCUUAGAGAGGGGGAGAUGUUUUGGCAAGUUUGUUUGUUUUUAAAUUUCCAGGCAAAACGUUUUAAACUGAACUAUGCUACUUAUGGGAAACAACCAGAUAACAGCCCUGAGUACUCCCUCUUUGUGGGGGACCUGACCCCAGACGUGGAUGACGGCAUGCUGUAUGAAUUCUUUGUCAAAGUCUACCCCUCCUGCCGGGGAGGCAAGGUGGUUUUGGACCAGACAGGCGUGUCUAAGGGCUAUGGUUUUGUGAAGUUCACAGAUGAACUGGAACAGAAGCGAGCCCUAACAGAGUGCCAGGGAGCAGUAGGACUGGGAUCUAAACCAGUACGGCUGAGUGUGGCAAUCCCUAAAGCUAGUCGUGUGAAGCCCGUGGAAUAUAGUCAGAUGUACAGUUACAGCUACAACCAGUAUUACCAGCAGUACCAGAACUACUAUGCUCAGUGGGGCUAUGACCAGAAUACAGGCAGCUACAGCUACAGUUACCCCCAGUAUGGCUAUACCCAGAGCACCAUGCAGACAUAUGAGGAAGUUGGAGAUGAUGCUUUGGAAGACCCCAUGCCACAGCUGGAUGUGACCGAGGCCAACAAGGAGUUCAUGGAGCAGAGUGAGGAGCUGUAUGAUGCACUGAUGGAUUGUCACUGGCAGCCCCUGGACACAGUGUCUUCAGAGAUCCCUGCUGUGAUGUAGCCAAGACAAAGAACAAGCCAGAAUGGAGGACUAUGUGAGGGAGAAAAGACUUCUUUAAAAACAACUCAAGAACUUUCACCUUUGGGAAAUGUUUUAUACGAUUUUAAUAAUCAACUUUCAUGAGAUUAUGAAUAAUACUGCAA